AUGGUGGGGUUCGACGACUCCGUGGUGGAGGAAUUCGUGGCGCAGGGCCGCGACGCGCGCGGCGAGCGGGUCGUGGAACUCAUCGAGCGCGCCACGAGCGCUCCCAAGCUCUACGUCUUCGGCGAGCUGCUGGAUCUGGACGGCGUCAAGGAGCUCGAGUCCACGCCCGCGGCCCCGCACGUGGCGCUCCUGCGCGUGUUCGCCUACGGAACCCUGCCCGAGUAUCGCCAGCACGAAUCCGGGCUCCCGCCGCUCUCCCCCGCGCAGCUUCUCAAGCUCCGGCAGCUCACCGUCGUUCAGAUGGCGGACGCGUCGGUUUCGAUUCCAUACGACGAGCUCAUGUCCGCGCUAGAGAUGUCCAGCGUGCGUGAGCUCGAGGACAUGCUCAUCAACGAGUGCAUCGCCCCCGGAUUGCUGCGCGGCAAGCUCGACCAUAAGAGGAGGGCGUUCGAGGUGCACAGCUGUCCGGUGGGCCGCGACCUCCGACCCGGGCAGCUCAAGGAGAUCAUCGACCAGCUCGCCGCGUGGCACGAUAACUCCAAGGACGUGCUCGCGAGGCUCGAUAGCCAGAUGACGCGGACCACGGAGGAGGCGGAGAGGCGCAAGGAACACAGGAAGGACGUGGCCGACGCGGCUGAGACGCUGCGAAGGGAGAUGAAGGUGCCGGGAGCGGGCGAGGGCGGCGCCGAGGGCGAGGGCGGCGCCGAGGGCGAGGGCGGCGCGAGCGGAGGCGCGGCCGGGGGGGAGGAAGGCGGCGACGGCGGCGACGCGGACGGCGAGGAGGACGGCGGGGGUUUGGAUCUGAUGGACGAGGACACCCCGGGCACGGGCAUCGGCUCGAAGCGUAGGCGCUGACAAACAAACCACGAACCG